GUUCAAAAAUUGAAGCGACCACAUCAGGACCCUUAUACUGUAAUACUGGAGUAGUACUACUACUUCCUCUACUACGCAGUAUUUUAAGUUACUCCGCUGUCUUUGUCCUCGGUCUGUAUUUUAGGGGCUCUCCCUGAAGGCUAUCUGAACGGUCAGAUUUACUUUAAGGAAAUGCCUCCAAAGAGAAGCUCUGGAUCAAGUCCAACACAACCGCAAGUGAAGAUGAUAAAGGUCGGCAGCCCUUUACAUGUUCAGGAGUUUAGUGAUGGGUCAGUGGAGGACAAAUACAGGAUGGCAGAAGAGUCCAGCCCCUCGCCUCUUCCCGCCAACGAGCCUGAAACAUUUGACUUUGAUGAAGAACAUCUUGCAAGCCAAGGCAUCAGAACCGACACCAUCAGCCUCCUUAUGAAAAUAGAGCAGCUGCAGUCGCAACUCAAAUACGAGCGCAGAUGCAGGAUUUUGGCCGAGAGAGAGCUGAGGGAACUCAAAGAGAUGAACACGCUCAUGAUGCAAAUGAGGCACACAGCAAAUGAACUUCGAGUAACUCUGGAUCACGUUCUUCAUGGAGGUGAGGCAGCGGUUGAACCACAAAACCCGGACGAAGCCGUACCUUUUCUAAGCGAAUCUGGAGUGCACAAUAUCCCAGAGGAUGACAUUAACUUUGUGUAUCUUGCUGAAAAUGUAAAAGUGCCAAAGGACCUUUAUGAUCGUGUCGCAGACAUUUCUGACUAUAAGAAAUAUGUCGGAGCUCUGCUGAUGAUAAUUUUCGACAGAGACACGUUGGCCACACACUGUCUGCAGGGCCGGAAGAACAACUUUACAGGAGAGGACAGCCACAAGCCUCCUCUCCCACGUGAUAUUUUAAAAAACCUAAUGGAUCACGUUGCAGAAAGGUUUGGCGUCGACAUCACCCAGAUUAAAUAUGCCAUCCGCACAAAGCUGAACAACGAGGAUAAGCUGCUGAAGAAGAGGUUGGGGCUGGUUAAAGCUGAAAACAGAGCAGCUGUUGAUCAAACCUUCUACCAAGAUGCUUCACUUCUGUCUAGAAAAGACGCAAUGGCAAACGGCUCUGAGUUCUAGCGGUGCCGAUCUGCCAAUGUAUUACUGUCUGAUCUCAAAGUGUUCCCUUUUUUUUAACCAAGUGAAACCUUCUCCCAUAAUGAGCUGUUUAUUAUUUCAGAUCUUUGUAGAGCUUUAGACAGCUUAUUGUUGCCUAUUGGUUGGCUGAAAAUUUGAUAAUACUAUAAAAUGUCACGUGUAUACCCAGCUUUCCUAAACACAAAUGUCUCUGUUGAGGUGAUUUUAUCUAAGUGGUGGUAGCGUAGAAAAAGAAUAGAAUUUAAUCUCUCAAUCCAGUGUACUUUGUAUGUGUACGCACAGGUAGUUUUCAAUCUGUUACUGUUUGUGACCUGUUAAAAAGAGAUGUUGUAUUUUUAAGUUUUUUGUUCACAGAUUCAGACUGUGAUUUAAUUAAUCUCUUAUUCUUCCGAAUAAUCUGUUUAUCAUGUUAUUUUCAGGUACCGUAACUUAUAAAUAUAUCAGUAGAAUAAAGUUUAGUAUGUUCUCUU